CACACGGGCGCGCGCAGCCCCUCCGGCCGCGGGCGCUGCGAGGGCGCCGGUGGAGCUGCGAAGGGCCAGGUCCGGCGGGCGGGGCGGCGGCUGGCACUGGCUCCGGACUCUGCCCGGCCCGGGCGGCGGCUCCAGCCGGGAGGGCGACGUGGAGCGGCCACGUGGAGCGGCCCGGGGGAGGCCGGCGGCGGGAGGCGAGGCGCGGGCGGCGCAGCAGCCAGGAGCACCCACGGAGCUGGACCCCCAGCGCCGCGCGGCGCCACAGCAGUUCCAGGAAGGAUGUUACCUUUGAUGAUGAGAGUGUUAAUCCUGCUGCUGCUCCCCGAGGGUCAGGCUGCCCCAAAGGAUGGAGUCACAAGGCCAGACUCUGAAGUGCAGCAUCAGCUCCUGCCGAACCCCUUCCAGCCAGGCAGGGAGCAGCUCGGACUUCUGCAGAGCUACCUAAAGGGACUAGAAAGGACAGAAGUGCAGCCGGAGCAUCUGAGCCGGGAGCAGGUUCUCCUCUACCUCUUUGCUCUCCAUGACUAUGACCAGAGUGGACAGCUGGAUGGCCUGGAGCUGUUGUCCAUGCUGACAGCUGCUCUGGCCCCUGGAGCUGCCAACUCUCCUACCACCAACCCGGGCAACCUGGACGCCGGGCUGGAUGGAGGGGAGAAGGCGAUGCAGCCGCAAUGGUAACCUCCAUGGCGUGCGGGGAGCCGGCACCUCCUGCCGCACUUGCUCUCACACGAUGCCAUCAAAGCCCUGCAGGCCACACUUUUUGCCGGCCACCUGGCACCCGAAUCUCAGUGCUUCCUGCAUGCUGCUCCCUGGAGGAGGGACAAGUAGCUAGGUCAGCCAGGUGUUUGGGGGCAGGGACAGGUCCCAGUCCUUUUUCCCCUCCUGCUGCCAUACUCACCCUGGGAGAGGCUGAAGAUGACGGAGGCAUUGAAGGUGUCUCCAGCUCCCAGGGUAUCCACCACACGGGGUGGCGGGAAAGCAUCCGAGUGGAGCAAUUUGCCAUCGGGGCCCAGGGCGUCGGCGCCCUCCUCAGCCCAGGCACAGAUAAGCACAGCCCUGCAAGACGGCUCCACUCAGCUGGGUGUUAGCCCACCCCGUCCCCCCAGCCAUCCCCCCAACCCCAGGGCAGACCCCUGGAGUCCAGGCUCAUCCCGUACCUUCUAGAGCCCCUUCCUGGCUUCCCCGGCUCACCCUUUCCUCACACGACCAUACAAGCCCUUCAGGGCUUCCUCUGCUGACUGGAACCCCAAGUGCUUGGCCACAUCUUUGCUGACAAACACCUGUGGGCAGUGGAAGAGAAGCUGGUGGUCACUUCUAACUCGUCACUCACCAACAGCAGCUGGUGUUGCCUCCAUUACAACACGACUCCCCCAACAUGUCCACAUAGAUCCCCAACAUAGCAUCUCACUGUCCCACGGGAACGUGGUUUUCUUUUUUAUUUUUUGUAAAGACAGGGUCUCCCUGAGGCUGGUCUCGAACUCCUGGCCCCAUAUGAUCUUCCUGCCUCAGCCUCCCAAAUUUCUGGGAUUACAGGUGUGAGUCACUGCACCUGGCCAGAAGCACAUUUUUAUUGAUGCUUAUAUAUGAUAGACUACAGCCUUGUAAAUUGUGAAACAAAA